GAAUCGGAUGAUCAGGGUGGGGCGGCUGAGUAUGAUGAUGACGAAGAACUAGAAGAAGAAGAAGGAGAAGAAGAGGAAGAGAUUGGUGAAGAAGAAGAGUUUGAGGAGGAAGUUGUGGAAGAAGAGGAGUUGGAAAGAUAUCAGGAGAGAGGCCGGGAAGGCGAGCUGGGUGGCAGGGUUGAGGUUUUGGCUGUUAAGGAAUCGAGUGGUGAUGGUCGGAGGUCUGUGGAAGGGUCCGUGGAUGAGAAUGGGGGGAAUGAGGCUGAAGAAGGGGAGGAGAAGAAGGAGAAUGAACCAUUUGCAGUCCCCACAGCGGGUGCUUUUUAUAUGCAUGAUGACCGCUUCAGGGAAAACUCUGGUGGUCGGCACAGGCGAACACGUGGUGGAAGGAAGCUGUGGGAAUCCAAAGAUGAAAGAAAAUGGGGGCACGAUAAGUUUGAGGAGAUUACUUUGCAGGAAAGGCGCUACGAAGAAGGAAAGAAACCUUCAAAGGGUCCUUAUGUAGGUCGCGGAAGAAACCGAGGUAUUGAUCGUGGGAGUGCCAGAGGAAACAGGUCUAAAGAAUAUGACAGGUCUAAAGAAUAUGACAAUAAUAAUCAGAGACAGGUACCCAAGGGUGUUAGAGGGAGAGGGCCCAGGAGGUAUGAACCGGCUUUUAGGAAUAACAGACAGGCACCGCCAACACAAAACAAACAGUCUGGAAAGCCUGCCGAGAAAAACGUACAAAGUAAUUUAGAGAGAACAUAUACUCCCAACUCAAAUGCAGAGUCUGGCCAGGUUUCUGCUAGGAAAAAUUCCUUCGCCUCAAGCUUGAAUUCAGCUUCUCCUCCUUUUUACCCAUCAGGCUCUUCCAGUUCCAAUAAAGAUAUCACUCUUACUCCUAAGCGGGAUGCACAGGUUGGGAGUGGUAAGAGGAACCUUCGGUCUUCUGUAGUGCAGGAGAGUUUCAAUGUGCCCCAAACCAAUGCAUUGGAGAGAGGAAAGAACAUAGCUGAAUCUGUCGGUAUGAACAAGCUUUAUAUAAAUGACUCUACCAAUCCAGCUGCUGGGAAGACUUUGACCAACAUAAAAAUGUCACCUUCUGGGUCAUCAUUUGUCAAUACUACUCAAGCUCCUCAGUCAAGGGUUCAAGGAAGGGGUGUUAUCUCAGGACAAAUGAGUUAUCAACCGGUGUCUCAGAACCAAAUGACAAGAGCUUCUCCAUCCACACAUCUUCAUGCUGGUCAGCGCAAUCCUGCUCAAAAUCGAUCUCAACUGGCUCUGCAAGGUCCUGCUCAGCAGAUGGGACAACAUCCUGGGAGUGGAUCUCAGGCUUCCUCUCCACCCAACACAACCAUGUCAUCAAAUUCCUUCGAAUCAGGAGAAGUUGAAUCACCUUCAGAUUCAAGCAAAUCUAAAGGUGCCCUGGUUGCAAAGGGAAAAGGCAGUGUUCAGGGUAGUGCAAGGGGCACUAUUUCUUAUGGCGGAGCUCCAGUUACGGGACCCACUGGGAGUAUGGGUGUUAAUCAUGAUCAGAACUUCCCUGGUGCUCCAGCCUUUUUGCCUGUCAUGCAAUUUGGGGGCCAGCAUACUGGGGGUAUGGGAGUUCCUGCUGUUGGCAUGGCGUUCCCUGGAUAUGUUGCUCAGCCACAACUUGGUGGUUUAGGAAAUUCUGGCGAAAUGACAUGGUUACCUGUAUUGGCGGGUGCUGCAGGAGCAUUGGGGGCAACAUAUUGUCCUCCAUAUAUUACUGUUGAUGGUUCUUACCAUGGUCGCCCAUCUGGACAAACAUCUUCUGUGGGUUCCCUGAGCAAAGAGAAUAAUGCAAAUAAAACCAAUAACGAAUGGAAGCCUUCACAAAAGCCUGAGAUUGUUGGAGAUGAGUAUGGGCAGCGACAAAACAAGCCUCGUAGAUAUUCACAGAUGAAUGUGGCCAGUGAAGUACUUCAAAAUAAUACGGAGCUUGUUUGAAUAAGCAGAUGAAGGCGUUCGUCUGAGCCCUUUGUGAUCUUCAGCCUAUGUUCUGGGGCACUUUGGGCCAAUGUUUUCGAAGAUAUCUUAGUUACCUAUGACAAACACCUGCUCAUGCUGCACUCAAUCUAAGAUCAAUAUUGCGGCGUGAUUGUUUACAAUUUCGGUUUUCUUGUGGUUUGGAUUUUUAUCGAAAAGCUUGUUUGAAAAUGUAGACGGGCUUCCACGUGAACUGAUAUAUAAAAGAAAAUGGAAAAAAAGUACAAAGAAUUGUUGUGCGGCAGCAGCAGUUCGCUCGGCGAUGGUUUCUAUAAGUUCUUUCACUUUACAUAUAGAUGCAUUGGAUUUUUUUGUUACCUAUGUUGUUAAAAACCUUUGUGGUAGUAUUUUCCUUGUUUAGUUGAGGAGGUAUGAAGCUCUGCUUGAACCAUCGAUGAUACUGUAAUGACUUGUUUGCUAUGAAUAUGUGAUAUGUGAAUUAAUUAUGUUUAAUUGGAAGAGUAA